AUGUCCUCGCCGGCGGCGCAUCAGGUCGCCGGCGCCCCAUCGUCGCUGCCGAUCUUCCCCGACGAGAUCCUGGAGGAGAUCUUCCUCCGCCUCGACGCCGCGGAAGACCUCGCCCGCGCCUCCGCCGCCUGCACAACCUUCCGCCGCGUCGUCUCCGCGCGUCGCUUCCUUCACCGCUUCAGGUGCCUCCACCCCCCGCCCGUCCUCGGCUUCCUCGAGUUCGACGCACUGGGAACAUUCCACCCCGCGGAGCCGCCCCACCGCGCCGCCCCUGCCGCACGCGCCCUCGCGCAGGCCUCCGACUUCACCUUCUCCUUCCUCGGCAGCCCUCACUUCUGGCGGGUCUGCGAUGCCCGCGACUCCCGUGUCCUCCUCCGUCGCGUCAGAGUCACCUCCGUGUUCGCUGGCCUCGUGGUCUGCGACCCCUUGCACCGCCGGCACGUCGAGCUUCCUACCAUUCCCGACAACCUUGCGGCUGCUACUGGGUGCUGGGGCUUGCAGGAAUUCGAUCCCUUCCUCGAUCCAGACACUGGCAAGGACAAGGAGAAGCAGGGUUUGUCAUUCCAGGUGAUCUGCGCCGUGCAGUGCCAACACAAGCUCGUGACCUUCCACUUCUCUUCAGUCACCGGACAAUGGCGAGGCAUCACGUUCAAUAGACCAGUUCCUUUGGACUCUAUCUCUGUUAAGUUUCCGAAGCUGUUCGAGCGCCACUACGCACACGGCUGCUAUUUCUGGACGAUCGCUCUCAGUGGCAGUUUUAUGGUCAUGCUCAACAUGCAUGAUAUGGAACUCUCUGUUGUUGACCUCCCUCCUGGCAUAUUUUGCCCUCGAGAACAGGCCAUUGUAGAGGCAGGGGAAGACAUGAUAGGUCUGUUCACUCUUAGUGAUGGCAGGCUGCAGCUCUACUAUAAGUCUUUGCGAGGAACUGAGUGGCACCACGAAAGGAUAAUCCCCUUGCCCAAACUGAACAGUUACUGGAGCAUCCUCGAUGCAGCUGCAGGGUACUUACUCCUACAAGCGACGCCACAGGAUUGUUCCCUGUUUGAAAAGCCGGAGUCACAGUAUUUCACACUCAAUCUCAAGACAUUCCUAGUUGAGGGGCUUUGCGUUUCGAAUCGGCGCAUUACAGGUGCUCACCUGUAUGCGAGUUUUCUGUUAUCAUUCUCACAGCCAAGCAUAUGA